AAGGGUGGAGGUAUUGUAAAGAACGGGGAAUGGAUGGGUUAAAGCUAUAUUGGGAUGUAGGAAGUGGAAUGAGAAUAUAUCCCCUACACACUCCUUGUUUUCUUCUCUCCAACAGCAACUACUCACCUGCCAUUCCCAGGAUCCCUUGUGUCUCCCCAGAGAUGGUCCACCUAAAGGAGCAUGAGAUGGAGCAGGUACACACUCCAAUGCCAUUACAUAGGGAGUAUGAUGACGACUCCCUGAUCCCCAGCAGUCCAGCUACAGAGACUUCUGACAACGUCAGUCCUGUGGCCAGCCCCAUACACACAGGGUUCCUAGUGAGUUUCAUGGUGGAUGCUCGGGGCGGCUCGAUGCGAGGCAGCAGACACAACGGUUUGCGUGUCAUCAUCCCUCCACGGACCUGUGCCGCCCCCACACGUAUAACCUGCCGUCUGGUCAAGCCCCAGAAACUCCCCACCCCUCCCCCCCUGGUGGAGGGAGAGGGCCUGGCCAGCCGUAUCAUCUCUCUGGGCCCAGCCAGCAUGCAGUUCCUAGGGCCUGUGAUCGUGGAGAUCCCACACUUUGCAGCUCUGGGUCGAGGGGACCGGGAGCUGGUGGUUCUGAGGAGUGAGAAUGGCUCUGUUUGGAAGGAACACCGCAAUCGCUACGGGGACGAUGUGCUGGAGACUAUCCUCAAUGGGAUGGAUGAAGAUCUGGAGAGCCAAGACGAGCUUGGGAAGAAGCGUAUCCGACGAAUCAUCUCCACUGACUUCCCCCUCUACUUUGCUGUGGUGUCGCGUGUCCAGCAGGAGAGUGACCUGAUUGGCCCAGAGGGGGGUCAACUGACCAGUAAGCUGGUGCCGAUGGUCCAGGCUACGUUCCCUGAGACAGCGGUCACCAAGCGAGUCCGUCUGGGCCUGCAGGCCCAACCAGUCCCAGACGAGCUUGUUGCCAAGCUGCUGGGUAACCAGGCAACCUUCAGCCCCGUGGUGACUGUGGAGCCACGGCGACGCAAGUUCCACCGGCCCAUCGGCCUGUGCAUCCCCCUGCCCCCCUCCUGGAGAGAGAGCCCCCGGGACUCUGGGGAGGGGGACACCACCAGCCUGCGCCUGCUGUGCAGUGUCAUCGGUGGCACAGCCCCAGCCCAGUGGGAGGACAUCACUGGUACCACCAAGCUCAUAUAUAGCAAAGACUGUGCCAACUUCACAACCAAUGUGUCAGCACGGUUCUGGCUGGCUGACUGUCCUAGGACAGCCGAGGCUGUGUCAUUCUCCAACCUCCUGUAUCGAGAGCUCUCAGCUGUGCCCUACAUGGCCAAGUUUGUGGUGUUUGCCAAGAUGAACGAGGUCCGUGAGGGCCGCCUGCGCUGCUACUGCAUGACUGAUGACAAGAUGGACAAAACCCUGGAGCAACACGAGAACUUCAGUGAGGUGGCCCGCAGUCGUGACAUCGAGGUGAUGGAGGGAAUGCCGCUGCACCUGGAGUGUUCUGGGAACCUGGUCCCAGUGAGGAAGGCUACCCAGCAGCCUCGCUGUUUCAGCUUCCAGGCCUUCAAAGACAACAGACUCCCCGUCUCAGUCAAGGUGAGAGACAGUAGCAAGGAUCACUCUGGAUUCCUGUCCUUCCUACGCAAGUCUACCAAGUACGAAGACAACCAACAUGUGCUGUGCAACCUCAACAUUACCAUGCCCCCGUGUAUCAAGGCUGCUGGUAGUGAAGACCGGAGGCGAACUCUGACCCCAUUAGCCCUGCGAGAGAGAUACAGCGCCAUGAAUGAGCCUGCCAUGGGUAAAGCAUCAAUGAGUGCCAUGGAAAGGACAGAGUUGAAGAUGGCUUUGAUAGCUGAACAGUUGGGACUGAGCUGGGCUGAGCUGGCGAGGGAGCUACAGUUCAGUGUAGAUGACAUUAAUAAGAUCCGUGUGGAGAAUCCUAACUCCCUAUUGGAGCAGAGUUCUGCCCUGCUCAACCUAUGGGCCACCCGUGAGGGCAAGAGAGCCAAGAUGGAUAGUUUGUAUACAGCUCUGAAGAGCAUUGACCGGAUGGACAUAGUGAACAUGUUGGAGGGCCAGGGGCCAAAGCCUGCAGGGAGGCAGGCCCGGGAGUCAAGCAGACGCAGACACAACGAGAGUGACCACGUCUCCCCCAGCCUGAGCAAUGGUUACGGGCUGAUGCAGGAGGAGCUGCUCUCCCCUCCCUCCAUGCAGUACAGCCUGCCCUCCCCGCUGGGCAACGAGCCCUACUGGCAGGAAGUCUCCAGUCUGGAGUGUGCUCCAAUGGCCACCACUGAGGAGGACACGCUCAUGGAGAUGUCCGAUGUGCAGGUGUGGCCCUCUGGCAACAGCCCCUCCCUAGUGGCCGUGGAGGACUCCUCGCUGGAGUGCAGCAAUGCCGACGACUCGGAGGGGCUGCUGGGGCUGCCUUACGGGAGCCUGGGCCGGCCGGGCAGUGGGGCCAGCGGUGGGGGCGGGGGGCUGAGUGGAUCUAUGGAGCUGGUGGAGGACAACUCAGAGAUGGGGGCUGUUGACUCAUUCAGCACCGCCACACAUGCCACCCCUGCCUCGUUCAGCACCGCCACACCUGCCACCCCUGCCUCGUUCAGCACCGCCACCCCUGCCACACCUUCUUCGUUCGGAGGCACCAUCGCCGCCGCGGUCAACAACAUUAAUGGGCUGGACAAAGGUCAAGUGUCAAAUGUCGUGAGGUCGGAGGCAGCAGCGGUCGGAGGCAACAUGGCAGGUGGAGAUGGAGCUGGAGGAGGAGGAGGAGGAGGAGGGACAGGCUCAGAGGAAGGGCUUUCUCUUGUUGCAGGACAACAGCAGCGGGUGUACGCCCGGCUGAGCGAGUCGCCCGGUCUGAGCCGCGUGGCAGAUCGUAAUGGAGACAGGUCCAGUGGUGGCAGUGGUGGUAGUGGAGGCAGCGGUGGAGGUGGUGGAGGCUCUUUCCUGUCCUACCUGCAGGAGCAGUCGGGUCCAGGCUGGCAACCUGUCACAGACCACACUCAGGCCUGGGUGGGCUCGCAGACAGCCAAACCCAGGCAGGCCAUGGACUCUAUGAUGUCAUCAGUACGCGCCGCCAUGGACGUGGACCCCAGCCAGUCCCGCGUGUCCCAGGAGGCCUUGCUUCAGCCGGUGCGGGACAUGGGGCACACAGAGAUCCUGCGUGGGCACUUCAGGGGCACCCAGCCAUUUGAGAAGGGCCUGGGGUUCCCUCACAGGGUGCCAGAGCUGCGAACCUGGGACGAAGUACGCCUGAGGGGGCAGGGUGAUGAGGCCAAGGAUCUCCCAGGGGAACAAGUGAGCGAGGAGCAGUUCACAGACGAGCACGGAAACAUUGUCACCAAGAAGAUUGUGCGGAAGGUGGUGCGCAGGGGGAAGGGCUCAGGUGACGAGGGGUGUCAGGAGCGUUCAGUGGGCGUGGAUGGCUCUCUGCAGGAUGAGCUGGAGGCUGAGGCGGAGCAGUUCAUGAACUACGCCGUCCUGAGCAGCAAGGAGUUGAACCCCACACCAAAACAACCCUACUUAGACACAUGACCGGCAGCAGGAGACAGGGGGAAGAGUGCACAUGAAGAGGAGUGUAAUAAUGGAGAUAAAAGAAGAGAGAUCUGAAUGACAAAACACCAACUUCAUAAUAACGACAACCACAACGGCUACGCCGAUGAUCAGCACGCACCGGAGAAGGAAAUGGAUUUACUUGUAGUUUUCGUACUUUUUUUUUUUUAAAGAAACAAUCAAAAAAACAUUAACUACUAGGCUAGAAGCAUGAUUUCAUAUAAAACAAAAACCAAACAGAGACAACAAAAAAACUAGCAACCAAAAUGUGCUUCCUGUUAUAUGUAUCAGCAUGAAUGACUGCUGGCGCAUGGCCUGUCUUUAACUACAGUACUAGGGGUUAUGGGAGGGGGGGGGACCACUCCCACGUGGGAUGGGAGGUCAUGAUGAGGUGUAGGGAAAGGUGAAUACGUCAUACAUCCCUUUCCUGAAGAAAAAGGGCAGUGUUUGUUUGUGAAACUUCUGAAAAGGGAGUCUGUUAAAUACUCUGAAUUAUCUCUAGGCAAAGGUUUGCUCCCCUCUCCCUGUCACACUAAUCAAACUCUUCUAGUAAACAAACAUCACCACAGGCUAGUUUCAGCCUUAUGUCCCACUGUCCCACUCCAGUAGCCUACACUUAGGAUAUUGGUGUUGUACAUACUAUAUGCACUUAAAUGAUACGUGACUGAGUGUUACGUGUGUUUUAUGUCUCAAAAACCGAAUGCGAUGCUGAUGAUGAUGCUGCUGUUUCAGAUCUGCCCUGGUUUUCUUGUUUGGUUAACUCUAUGUGCAUAUUCUAUAUAAUCUUGAUCUGUGUGGACAUAAGAACAAACAAAACAACCUUUGUGUCAUUCUGCCUGUUUUAUCUGUCAGUUUUUGUUUGUUUGGUUAUUUGUUAUUUUGUGAUUUUCAUGUGCUCCCUCCCUUUGCUCCCUUCAUCUCACCUAGAGGGCAUCAUUGGCUUCAGAGACAUUUCAAAGUUCUUUGUGUUUUAGGAAGAGGAGUUUCUGUGUUGACUUGCAUCCCCAACCUCAUAACCAACCUCCUCCAGAGUGGUUUGUGUGUUUCCAAGGUGAAUGUUAUUGGAGUAAAUGCUGGUGCGAUUAUUAGGACUUUGAAUAGACCUUUCCCCUACCCUACAGUAUGUGUGCAGCUAUAGUCCAGUUUGUCUGGUGGAUCCUGUCACCACCAUCUCCUGUAUGCAGCCCACUUCAGGCAUCUAUACACCCCAUCCUCCCUACACCUCUCCCUGCACUCCCCCGUCCCUCUCAAUGUGGAUGUAGCAGUCUUGUCCUGUCCCUAUCGAUGUGGAUGUAGUAGUCCUGUCCUCUACCAGCAGGGGUCAGGGUUUCCUAAUAAUUAAUGUUUCCUAAUAAUUAAUGUAAUCUCCCCUCUGUUGUGUCUGUCACACAGCAACAGUGUUUCUGUCUGAUAUCUAAGAAGGAGUUUACAGAUCAUCUCAGCACCUACCCGUCAUUCGAUAAGGGUAAAUAAGUAACUUGACCACCAUAGGCAAUAAUGUAGCUUUGGUUAAGCUGGUUACAGGUGAGAGUCAGCCAGAGAGAGGAACAUAGCUACUGAGAUUUGUAAGUGUUCGGAUUGUAAGUGUUGUUGGCAACCCUCAGAAGUGUAGCGAAGACAGCCAGCCACCAAUCACUGUGAUAAAAAACUGUAAUAUUGACCCCACAACUGUGAGCCCACACAAACCCACCCCAAACCUGUCUCCUGUCCUCUCACCCCUCUCAUCAUGUCUGUACAACCCUACCUUGUUUCCCAUCAGAAAUGUAUUGUUGGAUGUUCGUUGAAAAGAAAGCAAUAACUUUG